GAAGCGGGAAACGCAUAAUAUGAUGUUUUCAUAGCGAAUAAAAGAGCCUCGGUAUCAUCUGCAGGGACAACUUUUGUUGGGUGCACUUUUAACACAAGGAACAAUUAUAAGAAAUGAAUUUCUUCCCUUCUCAUCAUUAAGGUGCUGCCACUACCAAACAACAACGAGGAACAACAGACAACAGCGCCCCCUGGCUGCGCGCGCCGGCCGCUGCAAUCGAGCGCCGGGGGAAUAAAAACGGCUCCAUCAUCCUGCGAUGCGAGCAUCGUUUCGGCGGAGACAGGGCAUCCUCCUCCCCGCCCCUCGACACCCAUGACUGCGCCGACGAGGGUCGCUCACUAACGGACAAGAAGGGACACAGAGAGACACGCGACGAUGGCGAAGCACCGCAAAGACAGAGACAGCUGGGGUGAGUGGUCCCUCAGCGACAAGCAGGUCUACGACUGGAGCUCGGAGGAGGAGGAGCCGGACGGACGAGCCCGGCCCGUCCAGGUGCUGCUGGUCAAGGACGACCACACCUUCGAGCUGGACGAGGCGGCGCUGAGCCGCAUCCUGCUGGCCGAGGAGGUCCGGGACCGCGACGUGGUGGCCAUCUCUGUGGCCGGGGCCUUCCGCAAGGGCAAGUCCUUCCUCAUGGACUUCAUGCUGCGCUACAUGUACAAGCACGCCUCCGAGGACUGGCUCGGGGACUCGGACGAGCCCCUGACCGGCUUCUCCUGGAGGGGCGGCUCGGAGAGGGAGACCACCGGCAUCCAGAUCUGGAGCGAGGUCUUUCUGGUGGACAAGCCGGACGGAAGAAAGGUCGCCGUGCUGCUGAUGGACACGCAGGGCACGUUCGACAGCCAGUCCACGCUGCGGGACUCGGCCACCGUGUUCGCCCUGAGCACCAUGAUAAGCUCCAUGCAGGUUUACAACAUCUCGCAGAAUGUACAAGAGGACGACCUUCAGCACCUGCAGCUCUUCACCGAGUACGGCAGACUAGCGAUGGAGGAGACUUUCCUCAAACCGUUCCAGUCCAUGAUUUUCCUCGUUCGGGACUGGAGCUUCCCGUACGAGUUUCCCUACGGACAAGAAGGAGGCAUGCAGUUCCUCGAGAAGAGACUGAAGAUCUCCGAGAACCAGCACGAAGAGCUGCAGAACGUGCGCAAACACAUCCACUCCUGCUUCACCAACAUCUCCUGUUUCCUGAUGCCUCACCCGGGCCUCAAAGUGGCCACCAACCCUCACUUUGACGGAAGGAUCAAAGAAAUCGACGGUGAGUUCAUCAACAACCUGAAGGUCCUGGUCCCCUGGCUCCUGAGUCCUCGCAACAUCGACGUGAAGGAGAUCAACGGCAGCAAGAUCACGUGCAGAGGCCUGGUGGAAUACUUCAAGGCAUACAUCAAAAUCUACCAAGGCGAGGAGCUGCCACAUCCAAAGUCCAUGCUACAGGCCACGGCCGAGGCGAACAAUUUGGCCGCAGUCGCGGCAGCAAAGGAUCUGUACAACAAGAAAAUGGAGGGGGUCUGCGGCGGCGACCGGCCCUUCCUGGCCCCCAGCGAGCUGCAGGCCCGACACAGCGUCAUCCGGGAGGAGGCCCUGCAGGUGUUCCGGGGCGUGAAGAAGAUGGGCGGCGAGGAGUUCAGCCGCCGCUACCUGCAGCAGCUGGAGGGCGAGGUGGACGAGGUCUUUGUCCAGUACAUCAAGCACAAUGACUCCAAGAACAUUUUCCACGCGGCGCGCACGCCGGCCACCCUGUUCGUGGUCAUCUUCGUCAUGUACGUGGCCGCGGGCAUCACGGGCUUCGUGGGCGUGGACAUCAUCGCCAGCUUGUGCAACAUGAUCCUGGGCCUGGCGCUGAUCACCCUCUGCACCUGGGCCUACAUCCGGUACUCCGGGGAAUACCGAGAGCUCGGCGCCGUCAUCGACCAAGUGGCUGGUGCGCUGUGGGACCAGGGGAGCACGAACGAGGCUCUCUACAAGCUGUACAACGUGGCGGCCAACCACAGGCACCUGUACCACCACGCCUUCCCCGGGGGGCCGCAGGCGGACGAGGCCGACGAGGAGCAGGACAGGAAGAGGGACUGAUGAUCAGACACGGACAGGAACACAGCAGGGACAACAGGGAGGAGGAGGAGGAGGAGGAAGAGGAACAUCCUCACCCAUCAGGCACUCUUUUAUUCUGGUAUUGGGGUCGCCCACCAGUACAUUCACCUCUUUAAAACCUAAUGGGACUGUGUAUAAUGUUCAUGUGUAGGCAACGGCAGAGCCCCUCGUCAGUGGGCGCCUGCUCUCAAGCGAUGGAUCACAUGAAUCGUCGCGUCUCACUUUUUCUUUUUGAACACUUCGAUCAGAGGAGAACCUCACCGCUUGUCCAACCUCCAGUCAGCUGUUGGUUUCACAUCAGAGGGGGGGGGGGGGUUUCUCUUUCAUCCCCGCGAAAUCCCUCAUUCGUGACCGUCGUUCCGCUCUUUGAGGUUUCAGUGCCGUCGAUGAGAUAAAAAAUGAAUCCACGACCUGCGACGUUUGAAAGCCAGAGGAGUGAACUGUACAGUUCAAUGAUGAGGCGCGACAUGGAUCUUUAGCAUGGUAAAUGGUUUACGUGUCCGUCAUCUUUAAAGCUCUUAAAAAAAAAAAAACAGGUAUAGUUCCUAUUAAAAAAAAAAGAGACAAGUUUAGAUUUAAAUGGUUGUGACAAAGUGAUAUUGUGCCAUAACAUAUUUAAGAAAAAAUGAUUUCACAUCUUCUACAAGGCUGGCUACGUGCAAGCCACUUGCAUCACGGCCCCUUUGUUUGUUUUCACAUGGAGGUCGGUUUUUUACUUUUGACAAGAGUUCUGCGUCAGGGUGAAGCUUCGUGUCGGCAUGCUACUGUACUUUGAAAUAACUGCACCGGGUGGAAGGACGGAAAAAAAGUUUACACCACAUAGCUGGCAUCGUCUCCCCACUCGCAGUUUUGUGAUUUCGCAGCGUCCCGGAGUGCGUUUUUCGUUUCCAUUGUGACGCGGUGACGAGGUGGUGGCGGUGGGUGGAACCAUUGUUGUGUGUUUUUUUUUCUCACUGAAUGUUCGAGCAGAUCCGAGGAAUGUGGCCGCCACCGCUGCGGCCGCCGCCGCCGCCGCCGAGGAAUCAAAAGCGAGAUCUGUGUUAGUGGGAGGGGGAUUCGACGGGGCCUGCUCCUCAUUCCGCAUCUCUUUCAUCAUCUCCCGCACACACGCUUUAAGUCGAAUCAUCUGUGUGUGUGUGUGUGGGGGGGGAUAAAGUGGUGCACGGUGAAAGAGGCCCCCCCCCCAAAACUUCUUUGUGUUUUCCAGAACAGCUUGCAUUUGUAAACAAAAGGCUGACAGCACUUUGUGUGUGUGUGUGUGUGUGUGUGUGUGUGUUUGAAUACUUGGGCUUUGUAGACUGUUACUGUACAUUUGUAUAAUUGUGGUUUUAUCUGUUUUCAGCUCGUUGACUGUAACGCGUCCGCGUCAUACACAGCUGCAGCACUGAAACGUUACGUUUUUUCAUGCUGAGCCGGUCAUCAGGAGUACAGGAACACUGUCAUGCAUAUUUAGCGAGUUUACAGUAGGCUGAGGUUCGACCUCAAGGGUUCGAAGAUUUAAAGGCACGGCGGCGGCGGUGGCUUCGCCAGUCUUCCACAGUGUGUAAUCAGCAUCAGCGAGGCCUUCACACACAGAACCAUCCAGGUCCGGUUUAUGAUUCGUGAGGUUUAAAAAAGAAAAACAAAUUCCCCCCUUUGCUUCAUGGCUUUGUCGGGAGCGUUGUGUCCAUUUGGGUCAGAAAAGAAGCAUUUGUUUAUAUCAGGGUUUUCGUUUACACUUCGCAAGAGUUGAUUAUUGGAGAUUUUUUGUCUGUCGGAAAAAUAGAAGUCCCCUUACAUUUUUCUCGGAUUUAAGAAUUCAUUCCCUCAUCGACAUCCGUACUGAAAGAUCACGUGGAUCCACCUCUUCUGAGUCAACACUGCUUAGUUUCAGCACAUGUACUGCAAAGUUUCAGUUACAAAGAGAUAAUAAAUAAUAAAAGAUGGACCAAAUUAAAGAAAA